AUGACCGCCAAUAGAAGUGGUCGUCUUAGGCCACAAAUGGCCAUUGCAUUGGCCAUUGUUCUGAUUUCCUUCAAUGUGGCAUCAGUAGUGGCUGCUGAUGGUUACCUUUACUCACCUUCUCCACCACCACCACCACCACCAUCAUAUGAAUACAAGUCACCACCUCCACCACCACCUUAUGAGCACAAGGAUCCACCUUAUCAAUACAAGUCUCCACCUCCUCCACCACCUUCUUAUAUGUACAAGUCACCACCUCCACCACCACCAUAUGAGCACAAGGAUCCACUUUAUCAGUACAAGUCUCCACCUCCUCCACCACCUUCUUAUGUGUACAAGUCACCACCUCCACCACCACCUUAUGAGCACAAGGAUCCACCUUAUCAAUACAAGUCUCCACCUCCUCCACCACCUUCUUAUGUGUACAAGUCACCACCUCCACCACCACCUUAUGAGCACAAGGAUCCACCUUAUCAAUACAAGUCUCCACCUCCUCCACCACCUUCUUAUAUGUACAAGUCACCACCUCCACCACCACCAUAUGAGCACAAGGAUCCACUUUAUCAGUACAAGUCUCCACCUCCUCCACCACCUUCUUAUGUGUACAAGUCACCACCUCCACCACCACCUUAUGAGCACAAGGAUCCACUUUAUCAGUACAAGUCUCCACCUCCUCCUCCACCUUCUUAUGUGUACAAGUCACCACCUCCACCACCACCUUAUGAGCACAAGGAUCCACUUUAUCAGUACAAGUCUCCACCUCCCCCACCACCUUCUUAUGUGUACAAGUCACCACCCCCACCACCUUCACCCUCUCCACCACCACCUUACUAUUACAAGUCUCCACCCCCUCCUCAAAAGUCUCCACCGGUGGAUCCUUAUUACUACAAAUCUCCUCCUCCUCCAUCUCCAUCUCCUCCUCAUGAUCCUUACUACUAUAAAUCUCCACCUCCUCCAUCUCCUAAGCCUAAUCCAUCCUACUACUACAACUCCCCUCCUCCACCGGUCACGUAUCCUCCACAUCUUCACCCUUACCCCCACCCAUUCAUUGUGAAGGUUGUGGGUAAAGUCUAUUGUUACAGAUGUUAUGAUUGGAGCUACCCUAAAAAAUCGCAUGACAAGAAACACCUCGAAGGUGCCACGGUUGAAGUGACAUGUGAAAUCGGAAGUAAAACUAUCAAAGCUUACGGUAAAACUAAGAGCAAUGGAAAGUACAGCAUCACUGUGGAAGGCUUUGACUAUGUCAAAUAUGGAUCCACGGUCUGCAAGGCCAAACUUUAUGCCCCUCCUAAGGACUCACCCUGUAAGAUACCUACCAAGUUGAACGAGGAAACAACCUUGAAGGUGAAGUCCAAGGACAAGCAUGAAGUUGUGCUCAAAGCUAAGCCAUUUGCUUAUGCUCCGGAAAAGCCAUAUGUAGAAUGUAAAAAACACAAGCAUUCACCAACACCUUAUCAUAAGUACACCCCUAAACCAUAUUAUUAUAAGUCUCCUCCACCACCUUCAUCUGAUCCACACCCAUACACCCCAUAUUAUUACAAGUCACCUCCAUACUACUACAAGUCUCCACCUCCUCCAUCCCCAUCACCACCACCUCCUUACUAUUACAAGUCACCUCCACCACCAUCUGAUCCAUCACCACCACCUCCAUACUACUACAAGUCUCCACCUCCUCCAUCCCCAUCGCCACCUCCUCCAUACUACUACAAAUCACCGCCACCACCAUCUGACCCAUCACCACCUCCUCCAUACUACUACAAAUCACCACCACCACCAUCUGACCCAUCACCACCACCUCCUUAUUACUACAAAUCACCUCCACCACCAUCUCCUUCGCCACCUCCUCCUUACUACUACAAAUCACCACCACCACCGUCUGAUCCAUCACCACCACCCCCUUAUUACUAUAAGUCACCUCCUCCACCAUCUCCAUCCCCUCCACCAUCUCCAUCACCACCUCCUCCAUACUACUACAAAUCACCGCCACCACCAUCUGACCCAUCACCACCACCUCCUUAUUACUACAAGUCACCUCCACCACCAUCUCCUUCGCCACCUCCUCCUUACUACUACAAAUCACCACCACCACCGUCUGAUCCAUCACCACCACCCCCUUAUUACUAUAAGUCACCUCCUCCACCAUCUCCAUUACCGCCUUCUCCUUACUACUACAAAUCACCACCACCACCAUCUGAUCCAUCACCACCACCUCCUUAUUACUACAAGUCACCGCCACCACCAUCUCCUUCGCCACCUCCUCCAUACUACUAUAAAUCACCACCACCACCAUCUGAUCCAUCACCACCACCUCCUUAUUACUACAAGUCACCUCCUCCACCACCACCUAUCUACAAUUAA